UGACCUCAACGUUCCACCCUAACCCUUGCAUCUUGGCAUUAGCUCGAUGACGGACCCGGACCAUUUUUCCGAGUCGAGAAUCGCCGCUCUUAGCCGACAACUUUAUCACCCGCUCGCCGGCCGACUCUCCCGGGCAUUCAGCCGUCCUACAGCACAAUGGCGUCCGCUAUACCCAUCCAGAGGAUACAGGUACCGCUUCGGCGCUCGCUAGCCUUCGCGGCAGGGCUCUCAUUCCGGUCCUAUGCCACUGUUCCCUCAGCGUCCGAUUCGCCACAGCAACAGCAGGACGCCGGAAGCGCCUCAGGCCCAGAUACAACCAAGCCACGCCCGACGUACUUCAAGGACACCACCGUCGCCCCGUUCUCGGAUUUCCUCCCCUCCUCCGGCCCCCUUCCCCUGAGCGAAGCGUACGCGCCGCGCACGGCAACCGUCGGCCCGGAAGGGCGCAAGCGCACCAUCACCCGACUGCCCGACUGGCUCAAGACGCCGAUCCCAUCGGCCGGGUCCAACCCAAACUUCGCCAAGAUCAAGGCCGACCUCCGCGGCCUGGGCCUGCACACGGUAUGCGAAGAGGCGCGGUGUCCCAACAUCGGCGAGUGCUGGGGCGGCAACAACAAGGCAGCUGCUACCGCGACCAUCAUGCUCAUGGGCGACACAUGCACACGAGGGUGCCGGUUCUGCAGCGUCAAGACGAGCAGGGCGCCGCCCCCUCUAGACCCGCACGAGCCGGAGAACACGGCGGAGGCGCUGGCGCGCUGGGGCCUGGGUUAUGUCGUCCUGACCAGCGUGGACCGGGAUGAUUUGGCUGAUGGCGGGGCGCGGCACUUCGCCGAGACCAUCCGGCGGAUCAAGGCGAAGAAGCCUACCAUGCUUGUGGAGGCGCUGACGGGGGAUUUUGGCGGGGAUCUCGAGAUGGUGAAGAUUGUCGCCGAGAGUGGGUUGGAUGUCUAUGCGCAUAAUGUCGAGACGGUGGAGGGCCUGACGCCAUAUGUGCGAGAUCGGAGGGCCACGUUCCGGCAAAGCCUGAAGGUGCUGGAGCAUGUGAAGACGGUCAGGGGGAAGGAGGGCAUCAUUACCAAGACCAGUAUCAUGCUGGGGUUAGGAGAGACGGAAGAUGAGAUCUGGGAGACGCUCAAGGAACUGAGAAAGGUUGAGGUCGACGUCGUGACCUUCGGCCAGUACAUGCGGCCGACCAAGCGGCAUCUCAAGGUCGAGCGGUACGUCACGCCAGAGGAGUUUGAACUCUGGAGACAGCGCGCCCUGGACAUGGGAUUCCUGUACUGCGCCAGCGGCCCACUGGUCCGGUCGUCUUACAAGGCCGGCGAGGCGUUCAUCGAGAACGUGCUGAGGAAGCGGGCCGGCGAAAAGGCUAUGGCGGCGGAGGCAUUGGGCCGAGCCGUGGCAGCGGGAGAGACGAGCGACAAGACUCUGUAGGCAAUUCUGACGGAACGGGACUUAGAACUUCAACAAUAUGGGAUGGCGUUUCACACACCAUUCACGGUGUAAAAGGGGUGCGCGAGGAUCACAUAGGAAUAGGCGUCUCAGGAAAGGGAAUCAUCACAUGCGGUUUGGUAUUUUUACAUGGUUAUACAUAAUAGACAUGGGGAUAUGACCAUAAUCCCUUUCCACCCUCGGCUUCGCGUUGCUUGGAGCGGAACAAGCCUUUUUCCCUGGCGACUCUCUCCUCCUGGGGUGAUUCGCGCAGGUUGACCCAUGUCAUGACCCCCCAAGCUAAACCAUCGUAUCCAAGUCAGCCAUGUCCGAGAGUCUUCUCUACCAGCUAGCCUUCUUCACGCCGGGCAAGUUGCCAGCUAGCGCUUGCAGCCGGAAGUUGUACUGU